AUCAGGGGCCGAGAAGGCGACUUCAAUUUCAACAAGAAUGGUUUUUGCUGGACCAAAUGGAAAGGCCCGCAAGAAUGGACUGGAUUGAGUGCAGAUGAGGUGAAAAAAAAGGGGCACGAGUGGCUACGCCAGAGCUACAUCAAAGAAGUUGAAGACUUUAUCAAGGCGGAAGUGCAGAGACAGGAUGGAAAACCAGUGGAUUUCGUCAAGGUGUUCGACUACAAGCCCCGGAACAGCGCAGACAUGGCGAUCUUUGAUUCUAGGACGCUGAAUCUAGACGAUGGCCUUGACACCAUGAUUCCAGUUACGCAUCCCCACGUCCGUAAGCCCAAACGCUAG